AUGGAAGUCAGAAAGUAUAGGAGUAGUGAUGAGUGGAUUGAAUUAUAUAGACCUUACUUUUGUUUAUCUAAGGCUAAGUUACAAGAUCUUGUAGAGGAUUUUUUAAAUUCACUUAUAUGUGGACUUGAGAGCCAUAAUGGAAUAACAUCAGCUAAUAUUUGUAUCCAAAAGCCAUUAAAAGUUCUUGAUUCUUGUAUUUUUAAUUUACCUAGUGGAAAGGAACAAGGAAUUCACUAUGCUAUUGAUAUGGGUGGAACAAACUUAAGAUGUGUUCGUGUUGAGCUAAGAGGAAAUGGAGAAAGUUUUGUUACAUAUAAAAAAAUGGCAUUAAAUGAUUUAAGAAUAAGUAAGCAUAAGGCAAUAGAGAACAAUAUAAAUAUUGAGACUGGUGAUAAUUUAUUUUUUAAUUCAGAUAUACAGUCAUUUAGUAUUUUAGACAAAUUAGCAAGUGCAACUGAUAUGUUCGAUGCAAUUUCAAAUUUUUUUUAUGAUUUCUUAGUAUCUUGUGGAGAUAUAAAUGAAAGAAUUUUAGAAUUUAGAGAUAAUAAUGAAGCAUAUACAACUUUUAAUAGUAAAAUAAUAACGAAACCACUUUCCACUAAUCUAAAUAAGAAUAAUGAAAAUCAACUCCAAAAAUAUCAUGAAAAGGAUUUAAAAUAUCAAUCUAAUUAUUUCUCUGUAGCCUUCACAUUUUCAUUUCCAACAACACAAUUAAGUAUAGCAAAUGCUCACUUAAUAUCAUGGACUAAAGGAAUAGAAACAGGCAGGGCAACUUUAGAGCCAGUUGAAGGAUAUGAUGUUGGGAAUUUACUAAAUUCUGCAUUUAAUAGAAAUAAAAUACCAGCUCAUUGUAAAUGUAUUAUAAAUGAUACUGUAGGUACUUUAUUAUCAGCUAUGUAUGACUUAAAUAGUAAUAUGGUUGGUAAUAAUAUGUCAAGUUAUAGCAAUAAUAGUACACCGAGACAAUUAACUAGUAAUCCAGUAAUUGGGAUUGUUAUAGGAACUGGGAUAAAUGCUUGUUAUAUAGAACCAAUGUCACUUUUUUAUGGCUAUAAGGGUGUUAUUAUAAAUACAGAAUGUGGUGAUUUUACUUGUUCCAACUUACCAAUAACUGAUUGUGAUCUAGUGUUAGAUUGGUUUAGUGAUAAUCGUGGAGAUCAACAAUUUGAAAAAAUGAUUAGUGGUACAUAUCUAGGGGAAUUAUGUCGUUUAUUAUUUAUUAGAGUUUUACAGGAUAAAGCUCCAAGUAUAUUUUUUCAAAGUAAAAUUAUAACUACUGAGGAUAUUGCUAAUAUAGCAUCUUUUGAUGAGGAUAAUACUUCAAUAAAUAUUGAUAAGAUACAAAGAUUUAUUAAGAGUAAAUAUAAUGUAAUAUUAGAUACUUCUUCAUGUAAUACAAUUAAGACGAUGGCAAUAUUUGUAUUAAAACGUGCUGCAGGACUUGUAGCUACUGUAAUUGCUGCUCUUAUAAAAAAAAUAGAAAACUUUCAAAAUGGGAUAACUGUGGCAGUUGAUGGUUCUGUAUGGACAAGAGUACCAAAGUUUCAAAAUUACACAAAGGAAAAUUUGAAUUUAAUACUUGGAGAACAAGUUUCACAAUUUAUUCAAUUUUAUGAAGCUGAUGAUGGAUCUGGAAAAGGAGCAGCUAUUUUAGCUGCUACAAUGGAUUAG